UAUUUGGUUUUGUUAUUAAAUGAAAUCAAUCAAUAACAAUUUUUCAUUCGUCCAACGCGAGUGCAACAGCCCACCGGGUCGGCAAACAAAGUGCAAUAUUUCAAGUAUUCUACUGAAAGAGUAAUUUCUAAAAAAUGGAUAAAAUAACGCACUUACCACGCCUGGCACGCAUUAAAAACUAUCCCACAAAUCCCAUUGAAAUGUUCAAAAACGUACUGGAAAGGGUUAAGGCACCUCACAUCUUUCCCAUGAAUUUGGCCACAUUAGAUAAUGAAUUUGGCGUUCUAAAUCGUUCGGUAAUAUAUCGCGGCCUGCUGGAGGACUCAUGGAUAUGUUUUGUAACUGAACGUAAUUCUCGAAAAUAUCGAAAUCUUAAAGAGAAUCCCAAAUUGGGUUUAACCAUGCUCUUCUAUCCGUAUGCCCAUAGAGUUGAGACAAAGGAUGUCAUGCCUGAGGUAUGGCAAAUACGUUUAAUGGGUGCCGAAGCUGUAGAAUUGGAUGAGGAACAAUUGAAAAUUCUAUGGCAACAGGAACCGCUGUUUGCCAAAAUACGCAGUCACAUUUGUGAAUGUGGGAAGCCGAGUAAUACGGAAGAGCUUGAGAAGCUGUUGCAAGAACAGCUGGCAAUAAUGGAAAAGGAAAAAAGGGAACCGGAACAAACGAAAACAUACACUGCCUUUAAAAUUAUACCCAAAUAUUGGGAUUUCUAUAUGUCGGAGCCGAAUACGAUUGCUGAUCGCGUGCAAUAUAAACAAAUGGAAAAUGGCGAAUGGCAGGCCUAUCACGUUGAUGCCUAAUACAAAACAAUACCAAAACAACAUUUUUUUGUUAUUAAUUUUUA